UGUGAUACCAUGUAGUUCCUGAUUUUGGAAGGCAAGCCCCAGCCAAGCCCCACGUGCCAUGACAUCCCUGGCCUCCGCCUUCCGCGCCGCCGGUCUUCGGCGGCCGCCUGGGCGGCCGCGGCCGCGGCCGCAAUCCGCCCGCGGCCUGGGAACGAGCGGAGGCCACGGCUGUGAGGGGCUGGCGCGGGCGGUGCUGGACGGGGACGGCGCGCGCUUCGAAACGGAGGCCGCCAGGCUCCGCGCACUGUGCCGCGCCAACCUUUCGAUCGGCGCGGUGCCGCGUUCGCGGCCGGAGGUGCUUCUGGGGGAGGCCGCGCUCGCGGGGGACGCGGCGGCCUUUGCGGACGCGGAGGCGCAGCUGAGGCGGAUGCAGGACACCAACAGGAACAUCGCCGAUGCGGCAAGCCAUGCCGCAAGUUGGACCUCCAACCGGGGACCUGGCUCAAUGGCACAUCCUGUCACCACAAAAUUGAAGCACUGGCGACGCUGUUCUAUUCAUGCGCCACAUCAGCGGAAGGAGUCCUUUGGGCAUUCGAGCCCAUCCACCUCCACUAGGCCUUCAGCGGAGCCCGCCUAUCGAUUCUUCGCGGGGCCGGAGGCCAAUGCGGCCAAGCUACGGGCCAUGGAGGAGGAGUACACGCAGUUGGCUCAAUCCUGCGAUUGCGACCUCACUGACCAGCGGCUUUUGCGUGCGACGCUGGAACUGAGCGGUGCCUACAUUGAGGCCGACUGCCUGGACAAGGCGGAGUUGCUCUUGCAGAAGGCCCAGGAAGUCACCGGGCAACGAGGCGGCGAAACUCACAGCUGGUGCACGCAGGAGCUCGCGGCACUGCGGGUGAAGCAGAACCGGCAGCCUGAGGCGCUGGAGUUAUUGGAGGGCCUGCAGCCGCGACCAAAGCGGAGCCUGGGCCGCGUCUACAACUCCUUGGGCCGCUUUCAGGAAGCACUCGAGUGCUUCCAGGAGGCUUCCUCCGAAGAUCUCUGGCAGCAAGCUGUCGCCCACAAGGGCCUGGGCAACCUGGCCAAGGCCGAGGAGCUCCUGAGCCGCGCGCUGGACAUGGAGCUCCAUCCACUGAUGCGGGCCCAGGUCCAGGAGUCGCUGGCGGACUGCCAGCCGGCCUUGCAGAGGUACGAAGCGGCUUGCGGUGCCUUUGAAGAACUGGUGGGUCGAAACUCGGCCUUUGGGCGCUGCUGCCUGGGCCUGGCGCAAGCUGCCAAGGUGAGUCACCCCAUGCGGGCCUUCGAAGCACUGCGCGCGGCCCUGGAGGUGCAGGCCAAGAUGGAUGCUCUUCAUCCCUCGGCCCUCUACGAGCUGCUGGAUCAGGUAGAGGACCUUCUCCUGGACGACGGCUCGGGUGAGGCAGCAGUGGAGCCCAGGAACUUCUUGUCGCUGGUGGAGCCGCUGCUGGGUGCGCUGGAACGUCUCAAGGCCGCCCAGAACGACCGCGGCGGGGACGGGGGCGUGGUGCUGCAGAAGGCCGCCCAAGUCUUGCUCUACGCCGCGGACUUUGGGGCACCGGAGCAGGUGCGGCCAAAGGCGCUGCAGUUGCUGAGGCGCGCGAAGCAGCAGAUGGAGGCUGCAGACGCUUCGGUGGAGCUCUCAGAGCUCCUAGCUGUGGCUGACCUGCAGAUCAAGCUGGCGGAGGCCCGCCUGACAUCUGCGUGAAAAGACUGCGAGAUGCCUCGGGAUGCCACAGGGGGAGGUGCGCCAAGAGUCCAGGUAGGUGA